GUUCUCAGACCUUCAGUAGGGGAUAAACCUAAGAAAGAGGAAAAGAGCACCUUAAACCAUAUCACAAAAUGUAUACUCAUCCUAACACCUCUACUCGGCCUGACCUGGGCCUUUGGCAUCGGGACAAUGGCAAGCACGUCUAUUGCCAUCCAUGGAAUUUUUGCAGCAUUGAAUUCACUUCAGGGCUUAUUUAUUUUGCUGUUUGGAUGUUUGAUGGAUAAAAAGGUACGGGAUGCCUUGUUGAGCAGGUUUUCCAUUUCCAGAUGGUCUUCACAGCAGACAAAGACUUCCAAUCUUAGUUCUACAGAUCCUGUUCUUGCAAAAAGGGGUAUCAAUUUGUUUGCUAAAAAGGGUAAGUAC